AUAUAUCUAUAUACCUCCUCCUCUCUCCCUCUCUCUCUUCACCAUUUCACAAAGCAAGGAGAAAAUAGAGAGAACAAGAAUACUGAGAGAUAUGGGGAGGGGUAAGAUUGAGAUCAAGAGGAUUGAGAACUCAAGUAACAGGCAGGUGACCUACUCCAAGAGGAGGAAUGGGAUUAUCAAGAAGGCAAAGGAGAUCACUGUUUUAUGUGAUGCUAAAGUAUCUCUUAUCAUUUAUUCUAGCUCUGGGAAGAUGGUUGAAUACUGCAGCCCUUCAACUACGCUGACAGAAAUCUUGGAUAAAUACCAUGGCCAAUCUGGGAAGAAGUUGUGGGAUGCUAAGCAUGAGAACCUCAGCAAUGAAGUGGAUAGAGUCAAGAAAGACAAUGACAGCAUGCAAGUAGAGCUCAGGCAUCUGAAGGGAGAGGAUAUCACAUCAUUGAACCAUGUAGAGCUGAUGGCCUUAGAGGAAGCACUUGAAAAUGGCCUUACAAGUAUCCGGGACAAGCAGUCCAAGUUCGUCGACAUGAUGAGAGACAAUGGAAAGGCACUGGAAGAUGAGAAUAAGCGCCUCACUUAUGAGCUGCAAAAACAACAGGAGAUGAAAAUAGGUGAGAAUGUGAGAAACAUGGAAAAUGGGUAUCAUCAGAGGCAGCUGGGGAACUACAACAACACCCAGCAGCAGAUACCUUUCGCCUUCCGCGUGCAGCCUAUUCAGCCAAAUCUCCAGGAGAGAAUCUAAUUAGAUAUAUCUUGCAUUUGCAUGCUCUUUCUAACUAGUUAUAUUAUCUCUCCUACUCUAUCUCUCUUUUCAUCUGUCAAGGAGUUCUUAAGUUUAUGUCAGAUUUCCAAUGGUUUGUAAUAGAAUUAGCUUCGUAAUGAGGCUUAGUUGUGAACCUUGUAAUAAUUAAGGCGUUCAUGAACUUGGUUUGUGGGAAAAUCACUAUUAUGCGUGCUAUAGUGCAACCUGUACUUGUGUGUGUUUACCUAA